AUGGCCCCUCCUCUCGUGCUCACCGCGCGCACGCGCACCCUCAUGAUUGUGCCCAUCUUCCUCGCCAUCGCCACCGUCUUUGCACUAUUUGCGCACUCCGACGUCAACACGCCGAUGCUGUGGUCGCAGUGCCACGCGCACGCGCGCAUCCCCGCCCUGAGCCGUGUCCCGCUGCUUGGCACGCCGCUCUGCUACCUCGUCAGCUUCUUCCGCGCCGCCCUCGACGCGACGCGCGGCCGUGCCAUCAUGGCCGUCGUUCUGGCGUUUGCCGGCGCGCUACUGACUGUCUGCGCUGCCGAGUCGGCCCGCGGCUGCAACCGCCCUGCGCGCCUCGUCGCCAACCCGACGCCCGCCUGGCUGCUGUUCAACUUGCUCGGCGGCGCCCUCGUCUGGCAGCUGCUCAUUGUGCCCGCGCAGAUUCAGCGCCUGCGCAACGUCUUUCUUGCGCACAAGGUAGGGACGGCCGACGAGGAGGGCGAGGUGGGCGGCGACCGGCUCGCGGCACUGCGGCUUGACCGCGACCGCAAUGUGGCUAGCUCCGAGGUCGUUGCCAUUCCUGUGGCUGUCGCGCUGGGUUACUACCUGCCGUCGAUACUGAUGCUCGUCUUCCGCAGCCCGGUCGCCAUUGGCGUCUGGCUGCUUUUCCCGCUUUACGUCUCCCUGCUCCGCCAGGGCAUCCGCUGGGGCGUGCAGCGCACCUGGGACUACACCGCCGAGCGCACUGUGCACCUCGAGACGCACCGCCGCAGCCUGCUUGCCGUGUACGCUCUGCCGUUUUUGUCGUCUCUGCUCGCCCACUCCGCCAUUAUCUGGAGCCUGACCCGUCCGGACGACCGCAAGGAGAUGACGCGUUCGUGCGUCACGUUUAUCGUGAUUGACUUUGCCUUUAUCGGCGCCACCGUCCUCUACUGGGUGCUCGUCGAGACCAACUGGAGGGUUCCCGCGUACAUGGUUGGCCUUUCGGCUUUGCUCGGUCCCGGUGCGGGAGUCCUCGGUGGCUGGCUGCUCCGUGAGAAUGUCAUCCAGACUGAACUCGAUGCCGUACUUGACCUUGCUGUUACUGAGGAGACGGCUGAUGAACCAUCUGAGCAGACCCCUCUGCUCUAA